AUGCAAUUACCACCCCGCAUCGCGCUAGUAGAACUACUUCUAGCAGCAGCAGCAGUCGUUACUUCAGCAUGUAACAUCCCCACCACCUCCCUCUCAAGCAACAUCACAGGCGGCUUCGGGAUCCUGAUCCAGAAUCCCGCGUACCCAGUUAUCCAUGACCGGUACAUGAACCUCGCUGUGGCGGGCGGUGGGGAUAAACAUCUAUUCCUGUCUCCCGUUGGAGACUACGCUUUCGAUCUAGAUCUCAAUACGGGCUUCCUCGAACAGGAUAUUAUCCACGCUGUGAUUGACGGCGAGUAUUCCGAAAUCGACAACACAACCAAAAUGUUCAUGACUGAACGCGGCGAUCCCAAAGCAAUCUUCACCCCCGUAUACGGUUGCAACCCCGACAACGUCACCGAGACACAGAUCCAACUCGCGUUCGCAACACGCGAGGAGAGUCCAGUCGGUGGAUCGAUUUGUGUAAGGGUAGCUAGUGGGAAUAGGGGGUAUGAGUUCCGAUACUCACCUCCCGAGAACCCUGUCCUCCUCAGCACGCCCCCAUCCAACCUCCCCUCCCCAACCUCCACCAGCACCACCUCCCUCCCCACCGCGACCCCCACAGCCCCCCCAACCAUCCCCCCAACCUGGACCUUCCUCGGCUGCCAAACCGAAGCCACCUCCACACGCGCCCUAUCCAGCAACACCUACGCAAACGACAGCAUGACGCUGGAAUCCUGCGCGGAUUUCUGCGCGGGAUACACGUAUUUCGGCACCGAGUAUGCGCGCGAGUGCUACUGCGGGGAUGUGUUUGAGGAGGGUAGUGUGGAGGCUGCGGCGGUGGAUUGUAGUUUUGCGUGUGCGGGGGAUGCGGGGGAGCUGUGUGGAGCGGGGAAUAGGCUGUCGGUUUAUAGUAGUAGUUAA